CACACCAGAAGCGACUUUCAGUUUCUCAAGUCGCUCCUGACACGGGAAAAAAAAACUCUCAGAGGUUGGGGUGGUCUCUUUCCGGCUGGUCCUUCCUCAGGAACUUCUUGAAAGAAGAGAGGCGCCUUCCCUUCCCUUCCUUUUCCCUUGGCUCAGCUUCUCCUCCCCGCCACCCCCGCAGCCAGACUCCGGGUCGCUCUUUGGCUGCGGAGGAGCGCCAGGGAGGGCAGGGAGCCCGGGGCUGGGAGGCGGGGGUGGUGGGUGGCCAGUCCUUUGAGUCGGUGCCUCCUUCUCGUUCCCUUCUUGCAGGUUCCCGAAGGAGCCCUUGCUCUCCCGGCCAUGAAGCGCUCCCUCCGCAAGUGGCUGCAGUCCGGGGAGAAGAAGGCGCGCACCUCCUACGAGGGAGUCGUGUGCGAAGCCGACGCCGCUUCCAUCGCCUCCCAGGACGUCUUCAAGGUAAUCUCGGAUGGGAGUACCUCCCGGCUGCGAAGCUUCAUUAAGAAGAACCGUGAGGGGCUUAAGAAAUUGGAUGAUCUCAAUGCCACUCCAUUGCAUCAUGCUGCAGGACAAGGUCAACUUGAAUUAAUGCAGAUGAUUAUAGAUUCUUCAUCUGAAGCAUUAAAUGUGACGGACACAUCUGGAAAUACACCACUACACUGGGCCACAAAAAAGAACCAGAUUGAAAGUGUGAAAUUACUUCUCCGUGGAGGGGCUAAUCCAAACAUUUUGAAUUCUAAUAUGAUGGCUCCCCUUCACUUGGCUGUGCAGUCCCUUCGCAAUGAACUAGUUAAGAUUUUUGUUGAACACACCACCACAGAUGUAAACUUGGAAGGAGAAAGUGGAAAUACACCUAUAACAAUAGCAUGUUAUAAAGAUAAUUCUGAGGCACUCAAGCUUCUGAUAGAAAAUGGUGCUAAGAUAUGUAAAGGAAACAGUAUGGGUUGGAUGCCAGUCCAUGCAGCUGCAUUCUCUGGUGCAAAAGUAUGCAUGGAAAUUCUUAUAAAAAGGGGUGAAGAGUUGGGCUAUUCCCAUGAAAAUCACAUCAAUUUUACAAAUAAUGGGAAGUGUACUCCCCUUCAUUUAGCGGUUCAAAGUGGAGACUUGGAAAUGAUUAAAAUGUGCAUUGAAUAUGGAGCACAGAUUGAUCUCAAACAGAAUGAUAAAUGCACAGCUCUUCACUUUGCUGCUACCCAAGGAGCUACUGAAAUACUUAAAUUAAUGAUGUCAUCUUAUACUGGUGAUGAACCUAUCAUUGAUGCUUUAGAUGGAAAUAAGGAAACACUGCUUCACAGGGUUGCACUAUUUGAUCACUAUGAACUGGCAGAAUAUCUGAUAACAAUGGGAGCAAAGAUAGAUAGUGUUGACAUUGAGGGUCGAACUCCACUACUGCUUGCUACUUCAUGUGCAUCAUGGAAAAUUGUGAAUUUGUUGCUCUCAAAAGGGGCAAAUGUAGAAUUAAAAGAUCACCUCGGUCGUAAUUUUUUGCAUUUAACAGUAUUGCACCCUGGAGGAUUAAAACAUCUGAAUGACCAAUUUUUGAAGAUGAAGCAUAUUAAAGAACUUGUAACUGAUGAAGACAAUGAAGGGUGCACUCCGCUGCAUUAUGCUUGCCGACAAGGUGUUCCUCUUUCAGUUAAUAGCCUCCUUGAACUGGAUGUUUCCAUCUAUUCUAAAAGUAGAGACAAGAAAUCUCCUUUGCAUUUUGCUGCUAGCUAUGGACGAAUCAACACCUGCCAACGACUUUUGCGAGAUAUGGAAGAUACCAGACUUUUGAAUGAAGGAGACAAGAAAGGGAUGACACCUCUUCACUUGGCUGCUCAAAAUGGUCAUGAGAAGGUGGUACAGUUUCUCCUGAGGAAAGGUGCCCUUUUCCUCUGUGAUUAUAAAGGAUGGACAGCUUUGCAUCAUGCUGCCUUUGGAGGUUACACUCGCACAAUGCAGAUAAUUUUGAAUACAAAUGUGAAGUGCACAGAUAAAGUGGAUGAAGAAGGGAACACAGCUCUUCAUCUUGCUGCCAAAGAAGGUCAUGCAAAAGCAGUUAGACUGCUUCUUGAUGACAAUGCAAAAAUACUCCUGAACAAAUCUGAUGCAUCUUUUCUUCAUGAAGCCAUACAUAAUGGACGCAAAGAUGUUGUGAAUGCUAUCAUUUUACAUAAAAGGUGGGAAGAGUCCAUGACAACAUUUUCUCAUUACUCAUCUGCAAAUAAAUGUGCCAUUCUGGAGAUGGUUGAAUAUCUUCCUGAAUGUCUUAAAUUAGUUUUAGACAACUGCAUGGUUGAAUCAUGUGAAGAAAAGACUUGCAGAGACUUUCAUGUUGAAUAUAACUUUCGAUAUCUUCAGUGUCCACUGAAGCUUACCAAGCAAUAUAAAGAAGGUGAUGAAAUAAUGUAUGAACCACUUCACAAUCUAAAUGCCAUGGUACGUCAUAACCGUGUUGAAUUGCUCAGCCAUCCUGUUUGCACAGAAUAUUUGCUUAUGAAAUGGAUGGCUUAUGGGUUUAAGGCACAUCUAAUGAACCUUGCUGUGUAUUCCCUUGGUUUAAUACCUCUAACCCUCCUGAUUGUCCACGUUGAAAGACCAGAACUACCUUACAAUGCAACUGUUAAAUCAGGACCUCUUGGUAAAAAGAAUUCAUACUUCAUAAAAGUAUGUAUGUGUUUGGUUUUUAUCAUGAGUGUUUUUGGAAUCUGCAAAGAAAUAGUACAGCUUUUCCAACAGAAACUGAGAUAUUUGCUGGAUUAUUCCAAUCUCCUUGACUGGAUAAUUUAUACUACAAGCAUCAUUUUUGUAUCAUCUUUAUUCAUUAACCUCCCAGCUAAUCUACAGUGGGAAUGUGGUGCAAUUGCUAUAUUCUUGUCUUGGAUGAACUUUUUGCUGUACCUGCAAAGAUUCGAAAAUUUUGGAAUAUAUGUUGUGAUGUUUUGGGAGAUUCUAAGGACUCUGAUCCGGAUUGCGAUCGUGUUCUUCUUCUUAAUGUUAGCCUUUGGGCUCAGCUUCCAUGUUCUUCUCGGUUCACAGGAAACAUAUGGCACUCCAUAUCUUUCUGUAAUGCAGACCUUUGCCAUGAUGCUAGGAGAUAUAAAUUAUCAUGAUGCUUUCCUUGAACCAAUGUUGACCAAUAGACUACCUUAUCCGUUACUGAGCUAUUUAAUUCUUAUAGUUUUCACCCUGCUUAUUCCAAUUCUUCUUAUGAAUUUACUGAUUGGUUUGGCUGUUGGGGACAUUGCAGAGGUACAGAAAUUUGCUGCGUUGAAAAGAAUAGCAAUGCAGGUCAAUCUUCACACAAACUUGGAGAAGAAACUGCCAUAUUGGUUUCUCAGCAGAGUUGACCAAGAAUCAAUCACUGUUUAUCCUAACAGGCCAAGAUAUUGUGGAUUCAUGAGUGUGUUUCAGUAUUGCUUUGGAUGUGAUGAUAGAGCAUCAGAUAUGCCCAGCGCUGACACAUCGUUAGAGCUAGAAGUAUUAAAACAGAAGUACAGACUUAAGGAUAUUGCAAUACUCUUGGAGAAGCAGCAUGACCUCCUUAAGCUGGUUGUACAAAAAAUGGAGAUCAUCUCAGAAGCUGAAGAUGAAGACACAAAUGAUUUGUUCCAACACAAAUUUAGGAAACAGCAGUUGGAGCACAAGAACAGUAAGUGGGAUACAGUCUUAAAGGCAGUAAAAUCCCAAUGCUCCUGAGUCUUCUGGAGCUGUAUCCAGACAAAGCUGUGGUUAAUGCAGUGGCUUGCUGGCAGGUCACAUUAGCUGCCAUAGUGUGACAAGUCAGGAUGAGAUAAGAAGAAAGCUUGCCUUUAUACAUAAGCAUCUGUAGUAGGCAGUGAAGCUUCUUAGCACUAAGCAGAUGCACGAUUUUUUAUUGACAAGACGUAUCGACCUAGAUUGCACAUCCCACUUCAUUUCCUUCUAUUCUCAAUUAUCCUGCAGCAUCGAGUAGUUGUUUAUACCUGGUUGACCUGGUAAUAUCACAGUUGGUGUAUCUAAUCACCAUCUGUUCCUUAAUUUGCAGGCUCUUACUCUCAGAGUUGCAUGAGUAUAAUAGUAAUAGAGUUUACAUCAUGCAUAGAAAGAUGUUAUCAAGUUGAGUUCAUAUAAACUGUAGUUACUUAGCUUCCUACCUUUGUAGUGCAAUACUAAACAGUAGCAUUCAGAUCAAACCAACUCAUAGAGAAACUGUUUGCUUUGGACUUAAAAAGACAAACAAUGAUUUCAUGUGGCACAUAUUCCAUAGCACCUAUUUUCCCCUUACCUAAAGUCUAGUGGCAGAGAGUAUUAAUGCUCCAUGCAUCAUCACAGUUCUAUGCACCAGAAUAAUACAUGUUCUGUUAACCUCUAGAUUAGACUGUGGCAAUGUGCUUGCUCUGUUUGGUGUUUGAAGACAAUGUGGAGGCUGAAGCUGUUACAGAACGUAGCAAACCAGGUACUGACUAGUAGCAUUCAUAGGACUUGUAUCACUCUAGUCCUAAAGAAUCUGCAUUGUGUCAUUUCCAAAGCUUGGUUCAAUCUAUUGAUUUAUGAAGUCUUAAAUAAAUUGCAUCCUAAGUGCCUGAAAAAAUAUCCUAACUUCAAUUGACCACCUCAGGUCCUAAGAUCAGUAGCAGAGACACAUCUAUCAACAAUGUUACCUGUAGAGGUUACUGAGAAAUGAUGUCUGAAAGGUCUUUUCAGUGGCUGUGCUACCUUGUAAGAUGCAUAUAGCAUCUGCAUUACAUCCAAUCAUGUUAAUCAUAACUAUCCCACUUAGCUCUUUGAAAGUGAACAAAAGAUGUGAAGGCAUGCAUUUCCUCCCUAUAGUGAACCUGUAUAUCAUAUAUUCAUUUUUCAUUUUACAUACAUUCAUUUUUCAACUGUGGUCUUGUAUUAGGAAUAGGCAAAGUGAGGCCUAAGGGUGAAAUGUUCACCC